AUGGAAAUGAUAAAAGGGCAAGGGGGCGGGUGCGGUAAAGUGGGGCAAGGUGGGGACGGGCAAGGGGGCAAGGAGGGGAAGGGGGCGGGCAACGAGGGGGCAUGGGGGCGGGGGCGGGCGAGGGGGCGGGCGAGGAGGGCGAGGGGGCGAGGGGGGCGAGGGGGCGGGGGCGGGCGAGGGGGGCGAGGGGGCGGGGGCGGGCGAGGGGGGCGAGGGGGCGGGGGCGGGCGAGGAGGGCGAGGGGGCGGGGGCGGGCAAGGAGGGCGAGGGGGCGGGGGCGGGCAAGGAGGGCGAGGGGGCGGGGGCGGGCAAGGAGGGCGAGGGGGCGGGGGCGGGCAAGGAGGGCGAGGGGGCGGGGGCGGGCAAGGAGGGCGAGGGGGCGGGGGCGGGCAAGGAGGGCGAGGGGGCGGGGGCGGGCAAGGAGGGCGAGGGGGCGGGGGCGGGCAAGGAGGGCGAGGGGGCGGGGGCGGGCAAGGAGGGCGAGGGGGCGGGGGCGGGCAAGGAGGGCGAGGGGGCGGGGGCGGGCAAGGAGGGCGAGGGGGCGGGGGCGGGCAAGGAGGGCGAGGGGGCGGGGGCGGGCAAGGAGGGCGAGGGGGCGGGGGCGGGCAAGGAGGGCGAGGGGGCGGGGGCGGGCAAGGAGGGCGAGGGGGCGGGGGCGGGCAAGGAGGGCGAGGGGGCGGGGGCGGGCAAGGAGGGCGAGGGGGCGGGGGCGGGCAAGGAGGGCGAGGGGGCGGGGGCGGGCAAGGAGGGCGAGGGGGCGGGGGCGGGCAAGGAGGGCGAGGGGGCGGGGGCGGGCAAGGAGGGCGAGGGGGCGGGGGCGGGCAAGGAGGGCGAGGGGGCGGGGGCGGGCAAGGAGGGCGAGGGGGCGGGGGCGGGCAAGGAGGGCGAGGGGGCGGGGGCGGGCAAGGAGGGCGAGGGGUGGGCAAGGAGGGCCAGGGGUGGGCAAGGAGGGCCAGGGGUGGGCAAGGAGGGAGGGGUGGGCAAGGAGGGCCAGGGGUGGGCAAGGAGGGCCAGGGGUGGGCAAGGAGGGCCAGGGGUGGGCAAGGAGGGCCAGGGGUGGGCAAGGAGGGCCAGGGGUGGGCAAGGAGGGCCAGGGGUGGGCAAGGAGGGCCAGGGGUGGGCAAGGAGGGCCAGGGGUGGGCAAGGAGGGCCAGGGGUGGGCAAGGAGGGCCAGGGGUGGGCAAGGAGGGCCAGGGGUGGGCAAGGAGGGCCAGGGGUGGGCAAGGAGGGCCAGGGGUGGGCAAGGAGGGCCAGGGGUGGGCAAGGAGGGCCAGGGGUGGGCAAGGAGGGCCAGGGGUGGGCAAGGAGGGCCAGGGGUGGGCAAGGAGGGCCAGGGGUGGGCAAGGAGGGCCAGGGGUGGGCAAGGAGGGCCAGGGGUGGGCAAGGAGGGCCAGGGGUGGGCAAGGAGGGCCAGGGGUGGGCAAGGAGGGCCAGGGGUGGGCAAGGAGGGCCAGGGGUGGGCAAGGAGGGCCAGGGGUGGGCAAGGAGGGCCAGGGGUGGGCAAGGAGGGCCAGGGGUGGGCAAGGAGGGCCAGGGGUGGGCAAGGAGGGCCAGGGGUGGGCAAGGAGGGCCAGGGGUGGGCAAGGAGGGCAUGGGGUGGGCAAGGAGGGCAUGGGGUGGGCAAGGAGGGCCAGGGGUGGGCAAGGAGGGCCAGGGGUGGGCAAGGAGGGCCAGGGGUGGGCAAGGAGGGCCAGGGGUGGGCAAGGAGGGCAUGGGGUGGGCAAGGAGGGCAUGGGGUGGGCAAGGAGGGCAUGGGGUGGGCAAGGAGGGCAUGGGGUGGGCAAGGAGGGCAUGGGGUGGGCAAGGAGGGCAUGGGGUGGGCAAGGAGGGCAAGGGGUGGGCAAGGAGGGCAAGGGGUGGGCAAGGAGGGCAAGGGGUGGGCAAGGAGGGCAAGGAGGGCAAGGGGUGGGCAAGGAGGGCAAGGGGUGGGCAAGGAGGGCAAGGGGUGGGCAAGGAGGGCAAGGGGUGGGCAAGGAGGGCAAGGGGUGGGCAAGGAGGGCAAGGGGUGGGCAAGGAGGGCAAGGGGUUGGCAAGGAGGGCAAGGGGUGGGCAAGGAGGGCAAGGGGUGGGCAAGGAGGGCAAGGUGGGCAAGGAGGGCAAGGGGUGGGCAAGGAGGGCAAGGGGUUGGCAAGGAGGGCAAGGGGUGGGCAAGGAGGGCAAGGGGUGGGCAAGGAGGGCAAGGGGUGGGCAAGGAGGGCAAGGGGUGGGCAAGGAGGGUAAGGGGUGGGCAAGGAGGGUAAGGGGUGGGCAAGGAGGGUUGUGAACUCUCUUCAAAAUGGCACAGAGUACUAUCUGAUCAUGAUGGAAGAGGCUUCAGAUGAUACAGAGGGUGCAGAAGAGGAUGAGGAAGAGAAUGGCAUUUUUGAAGGCUUUGCUGCAACCACACUGUCACAGGCUAUAUUAUUUUUAUCAGUUGAUGAUCUGAACAAAGUAGCUCAUCAGAAGGGGGCUGGAAGUGGUGAUGCAUUUUGUUAUUCACCACUUGAUGUUUCUUUUGCUGAAACUGAUGUCUGGAGUGCAACUGAUUUUUUAACAUCUUUGCCUGUCAACACAACGUCAAGAAAAAUACUUGCAGACAUCAAUUCUGCAAGUUUGGUAUUCAACUGUGCUAAAGUGUUUCUAACUGACGAAGAGACAAGCAGUGGUUAUGUCCUCAAUUUUGAAGUGUAUGCUGGAAAGCAGGCACUCAACAACGCAUCAUCAGCAGUUGUCUUGUGGCUCGUGUCUGAAGGCAAACUGUUGCAUAAAGGCCACAUUAUGUACUUAAACAGAUUUUAUUUGAGUCCAGAUCUGUUUCAGCAGUUGGCUCAAGCAGGAAUUGGUGCUGUAUGCACUGUUGAAUUUAAGGAGAUUGAUGCCCCCAAGAUUUGGUAG